AUGUCUCAGAAUCAACGGGAGGCCUGGGAGCGCGUGCAGCUCAUGCUGCAGAAGCGCAAGGGUAACUUUGGCGGCUUCCCCGGCGGGGGUGGCCGCGGCGGUAUGGGUCUGGCCGGCACUCUGAUCAUUCUCGGUAUCGGCACCUGGGCAGCCUCAAAUGCGCUUUUCAACGUGGACGGUGGUCACCGCGCUAUCAAGUACUCGAGACUGAGUGGUGUGCGCAAGGAAAUCUACAGUGAAGGUACUCAUAUUCGCAUUCCCUGGUUCGAGACCCCCAUUAUCUACGAUGUCCGCGCCAAACCACGCAACAUUGCCUCCUUGACCGGCACCAAGGAUUUGCAGAUGGUCAACAUCACUUGCCGUGUUCUGUCGAGACCCCGCGUCGAUGCUCUGCCUCAGAUCUACCGUACCCUCGGUCAAGACUUUGACGAGCGUGUGCUUCCCUCGAUCGUGAAUGAGGUCUUGAAGAGCGUUGUGGCUCAGUUCAACGCCAGCCAGCUCAUCACUCAGCGUGAGAACGUUGCCCGUCUGGUCCGUGAGAACCUGGCCCGCCGCGCCGCGCGCUUCAACAUCGCUCUGGACGAUGUCUCUUUGACUCAUCUGACCUUCUCUCCCCGAAUUUACCGCCGCCACAAGGCCCGCCAAGAGAAGCAAGCCUUCAUUGUUCGCGCACAGGGUGAGGCCCGUUCAGCCCAGCUCAUUGGUGACGCGAUCAAGAAGAGCAAGAGUUACAUCGAGCUGCGCAAGAUUGAGAAUGCCAGACAGAUUGCCACUAUUCUCCAGGAGAGCGGCGGCAGGAACAAGCUGUACCUUGACAACCAGGGUCUAGGCUUGAAUGUCCACGCAUCGACCGAGGAUGGCAACUAA